AUGGAUCAAAUCUCAUGCGCACCGCCAGUGUUGAAAGGAUCGGACUCCAAGAAAUAUACCCAAUUGCCGUUCAUACCGAGCGAUACACCAGAGUUAAUCCCGAAGCGGUUUAAAAUGCCAGAUGUGCCAAAAUACGAUGGGACUUCGGAUCCUCAGGAGCACAUCACCACCUAUACAACGGCAGUGAAAGGAAACGAUUUAGCUCCGCACGAGAUUGAGUCAGUCUUGUUGAAGAAGUUCGGGGAGACCCUCAAAGAUGGGGCCCACAUGGCCCAUAGCGGGGCCAGGAAGGUACAGGCCCGAAAGGCCGACAUAUUCAGAAUUGCGCAAGAAGAAUCUGAAUUGCUGCGAGAGUUCGUGACUAGAUUCCAGAAGGAAAAGAUGUUGCUACCGGUCGUGACAGAUGAAUGGGCACCUGAGGCAUUUACUAAGGGACUGAACCCGAGGAGCUCUGACACUUUCCGAAAACUGAAAGAAAGUUUGCUUGAGUUUCGGGCAACAAUAUGGGGAGAUGUCCACAACCGCUAUGAAUCAAAGAUAAGAAUAGAGGAUGAUCAACUCGAUUUCACGGAGAAAGAGAUAUCGGGCUCCCGGGUUUCCACCUAUCCCAGAUUGUCCGAGUAUAAUUUCAAUGUCAGCAUGGUGGAACUGGUAUCGAUGAUGAGGAACAUUAAGGAAGCACGGUUCCCGAGGCCGAUGAGAUCCAAUCCCAGCCAGAGGGAUCCUAAUCUAUGGUGUGAGUAUCAUGGGACUAAUGGCUACCGGACUGGGGACUGCCGACAGUUGCGCGAGAAGGUGGCGACAUUGCUGAAAAACGGCCAUUUCUGA